AUGGAGCGCGUGGAGUUAGCCAGAGAGCGAGAUGAGAGAGAGCGCGCGCUCGAGCGCGCUCUCUCUCUCGUUGCUUGCUUGCUUUCGUGCGCUCGCCCCGGUACCUCUCUCUCUAUCUUUCGCGUCGAUCUCUGCUCGAUCUUUCCCUAUCGGUAUCCCCCGCUCGCUCGCUUGACCCGCUCGCGCCCUCGAGCUCGCUCUCGCGCCCCCCGCCAGCGCGCGCCGGCGCCUCCCUUAGCGAUCCGCUGGGGCACCUCCGGCCAGCUCGCUCCGCGCGCGCGCUCGCGCGCGCGCGCGCGCGCGCGCGCGGUCGCGCCCGCCGCGUGCGCGCGCGCUCGCGCGCGCGCCGCUGCGCGCGCGCCGCGCGCGCGCGCGCGCGUCGCGCGCGCGUGCGCGCAUCGCGCCGCUCGCUCGCUCCGCUCAGCGCGUCCCCGCUCGGCCUCCCCGCGCUCGCCCUCGCGCGCGCGCGCGCGCGCGCGCCUCUGUCUUUCUCGUGCCCGCGCUACUCGCUCGCUCGCGCGCUCGCGCGCGUGCUCGCUGCUAGCUCUCUCUCGACGUUUCUCUGUUCGUUCCCGCUCUCGUUCUUUCGCGCCUCCGCAGAGAGCUGGAGAGAGAUAUCAGAGAGUCAAGAGAGGAGAUGAGAGCUCUAUAAAGCGAGUAGGGAAGAUAGUGAGGGAGAGAAUCGCGCGCGAGCUCUCUCGAACAUCCCAUAGCGCUUUUUCUCUUCUGCUGUUCCCCUCUCUUGUCUUCGCUCCCUCUCUCGCGUUCUCUCGGUCUUUCUCUCUCUCUCUCUCUACUCCCUCUGCGCCCUCUCGCUCUCCCCUCGCGCUCGCCCGCGUUGUGCGCCCUCGCUCCCUGCUGCCUUUCUCCUUCUUGCUCUCCCUCGCUCGUCUCUCUCUGCUCUGCUCUCGCUCGUGCGCUCGCUCGCGCUCGCUCGUGAGGUCUCGAUCGGGCCCUCGCCUCUCGUGCUCCUCGCCCUCUGUCUCUCCUUUUGUGCGCGCCUUUUCUGCUCUCUCGCGCGUCGGUCGCGCUCUCGCGCGCUUUCGGCUCUCCUUGCCUUCCCCCUCGCGUCUAUCCUCUCUCCGCCCUCGCGCGCUCUUGCUCUCUCUCCGCGCUCUUUCCCGGCGCGUUCUUCCCUCUCCCUCCCGCGCCCGUUGUCUCUCUCUCUCGCUCUCGGGCGCUCUUGCGUUGCUCGCUCUCCGCGCGCUUGCGUGCGUUCGUGCGUUCGCGCUCCCGGGCCCCCUCUCGCGCUCUUUCUCUCGCUCUUUGGCGCGCUCGUUUCCCUCGCUGGCUCCUCUCUCUCCUCUCGGCUGGCCCUCGCGCUCGCCCGCGCGCGCUCUCGCCGCUCCCCCGCCCGCGCUCUCCGGCGCCUCCGUGAUCGCUCGUGCGCGUCGUCUCGCGCGCUCUCUUGUUUGUCUUUCUCUCUCUCGCGCGCAGCUUGGGUCUCUCUCGCUCGCGCGCGUCGUGUUCGCGUCGCGCGCGCUCUCUCUCGCUCGCGCUCGCUGGUGCGCGUUUCUCGCGGGCGCGCGCGCCGGCGCGCGCGCGAGCUCGCGGUCCGAGGCGCGCGCCGAGCUGCGCCAUCUAUCGCUGUGCGGUGGUCUGGCAAGAGAGAGGGGAUGUAAUUCCUCUAUAAAGCGCGAUGCGGGGUAG